AUGUCGCAAUACCCGCAGCAACCCCCUCACACGCCUCACACGCCCUACACGCCUCAGGCGCCUCAGGUGUCUCGCGGCUCUGAUAACAUGCUGGGCAUGCUCAUGAGCGACAGUCGCUACUUCGGCGACAUCAACUCACAGGCAUCGCCUUUUGCCUUGGUCUGCCCCCCGCAUGAAUCGGGUAUUCCGCCCGCCGCACUUUUGACUGGCAACAUGCGCAAUGCCAUGCCUGUCCACCAGAAUCCUCCUUUCUACGGACAAAUCUAUCCGAACGGUGCUGCUCCGGUCAGGUCCAAUGCCCAGCAGCUCACUCCCAACACGCCAAUCACUCCAUAUACUUCACCCUCCGUUGCCAACUUCUGGUUCAACCUUAUGCAGCCAACCCCAAACGCGCGCCAGCGUCGAGCUUCUGCGGUCAGGACCAGGCCCGUGGCCCAGCAGUUCAGGUUCAACCCUUAUGCACGCGGUAACCCGCCGGUUGCUGCCAUCCCUAGACCCGCCAUCCCGCAGCACACUUUCUACACAACUCAAGCUCACCCAUCUACUAUCCCUCAGAGGUCCAACAGCCAGCAGCACUUUUCUCACGCUCCAAACACUUCGUAUGCUGCUACUGGGACGGGAACUCUAACUCCGCAGCUUCGCACUUGGAACAGCCCUUCUGGCUCAGAUGCGCAUGCAGUGACUGCUGGCUCCCAACAGCCUGCUACUCACACAUAUCACGAACCUCAGCCGGUGUUUCCUGUACCUCACACGCCUGCCCGCAUCGAUAGAGCCAGCACUGGUUUGCUCAGUCCCGAGAAGACGCCAGUUACAAACAACCAGGCAAACGGCAACCUGCAAGACUUCUCCGGAGGCUUUUACUUGAUCGUUCCUCAAGACACUUCUGGAAACUGCACCUUGAGCAUUCCUUCGGAAGACAACACUCGUCAGUCUGCUGCAGCUGAGGCCCCACAACCCCAACAAAUGCCAGCCCUAACCACUGCUCCGGACACCACUACGGAGCAUAUCUCGUCGGAGGCUUCGAAGGAGCGUUCUAUCGAGAGCAUCUUCCGCGAUAAGGAUGCACAGAUGAACAAGGACAAUGAGAAAGAGUGGACCAGUAUGAUGGACUUUGCAGGUGUCAUUCGCGAGCGAAGCUGCAGCGACGUCGUCGAACAAACAGCCCAGAAGCACGAGAUCGGCAAGAAAGAUGCCAUCAUCGACAUGGGCUCGGACAACUACCAUGUGUACGGCGACCACUCUAACUUCCUCUUCCACAACAUCACCCUCACCCGCGUCAAUCUUAUCAAGAACAAUCCUGAGUGCAUUAUCCUCCUCACCAUCUACGAGUGGGACCUCUGGCCGCCCCACUACACGACGAUCAUGAAAACCUACGGCCCCGGCUCCGGCCCCGGCUGGGGCCCUGGCAAGCGCCAGAACUACAAGUUAGAGUUCCUUGCCGACAAGACCGACUUCCGGACGGCGUUCCUCGAAUUCCGCAAGGCAUUCAAGAAGUACACGCGCAUCAGCUGGGAGGCGCGGUCUGUGCCGCAGGAGUACAUCACUGCGAGCGCGAGGGCGUGGGAGAAGCAGAAGCGCGAGCAGCUCAUGUUCGAAAAGGUCGGCGAGCAGCGCGAGGACGGCAGGAGCAGGAGCGCCAGCCCCGUCUCGCGCGAGCCCGGAGAGACGAAGAAUGCCAGCAACAGCAAGUCGAAGAAGAGCCGCACGCCGUACCAGCGCCCUGAAGAUGUUCUGACCAAGGAGGAGCUGGCGAGCUGCAGGCUCUCGCUCUUCAGGUACACUCCGCCGUCCGAGCGCUACGGUGGGCCUCGCGGCGUGAUGCCCGAACUGCCUGGACGUUACCCGGUCAUUUCUGGAGAUGACCCCAAUGAUGGCGGUUGGACACUGGUUGCUCCUACUGACUGA